AUGGCCGCCUAUUUUCGUCAACAAUCGAUCUCCAGACCGGAGAGCAUUCCAAAAAUACCAACGAGCGAAGGAGUCGAGGCAGGAAACAUCGAAAUGGAGCGAAACGCCGCAGAACAGGUCUUCGAUACAGUCGAGCUUAUGGAGAUGAUUCUAUUCGGACUUCCCAUGCGCACUCUCUUCACAAUGCAGGCCACAAACAAGACCUUCUGCGACAGCAUCAAGAAUUCCGUCAAGUUGAGACGGGCCAUGUUUCUCGAGCCUGAGCUGGAGACAUCUACCAAUCCUCCGCCAGCGAAGCUCAAUCCCCUCCUGUACGCCACCAUGCUGCUUCCAGGUCAGGAGGAACAGGACGGCAUCUCCGGAUACUACAGACGACCACCUCGUUCACGACCAGUGCGAGGCUCCAUUGACGCAUGGACUGGCACACAAGCCAAUUCCACGCGUAUUGUGAAAGAAAGCGCAUUUCUUMGUCUAUCCUUCAAGCCGCAGACCCAGUUUCUCUGUGUGCCCCGUUUCGCAGGAUCCAUGCUGACAUCGAAGAGGCCACACGAAGGCGGCUCUUGGCGUCAGAUGGUUGCUGUGCAGUAUGCGCCUGCCGCUGAGAUUCUCGUCAAGAUCGGUGGCAGCAUGAGUCCAUGCUACAACAUGUGCGGCGAGAGAAAGGGCAUAUUUGGUCAAGGAUGUACUCUUGAGGAGCUGCAUGAUUGGGUGCAGGAUGAGCUGGGACAAUGGAGGCGCGAAAGGGAAUUCGGUUGA